UUACAUGUAGUAGGGCGUCAGUGCGGUCAGAGUCAUGACGAUAGUGACUGGAAUUUGUCUUUAACAACAAAUAAAAGUGUUUAAUAAUAAUAAGUGAACAGAGAGAUCUGAAAUAAAGUAAAAUUGUGAUAGUUCCUGUAAAAAUCAGUCAUGUUGAAAUUAUCAGUCACAGAAGCCAUGAAGAUCGGAUUCAUCGGUGGUGGAAAGCUCGCGUUUGCUCUGGCGAAUGGAUUUAUUUCAGCUGGCUUAGCAAAACCUGAUGAAAUCACAGCUAGCUGCCAUCCUGCUGACGUGGCCAGUGCUGAAGCAUUUAAGAGUCUAGGAGCGACAGCGUUGUUUGAGAACAAGCCAGUUGUAGAGCGGUCAGAGGUGGUCAUAGUGUCGGUGAAGCCAGAUGUGGUGGCACCAGCGCUGAGGGAGGUCAAGGACCUGCCAGCAUCCAAGAACAAACUCUUCAUCUCGGUCGCCAUGGGAGUGUCUAUUGGUACCAUAGAGAAGAGUCUGCCUCCAGAAGCGCGUGUCAUCAGAGUAAUGCCGAACACACCGGCACUGGUCAAGCAGGGCGCAGCAGCUCUCAGCAGAGGAUCCAAGGCCACCGCUGAUGAUGCGAAGCUGACGACGGAGCUGUUCAGGGCCGUCGGCACUUGUGAUGAGGUGCCGGAGUACCAGAUGGACGCUGUCACUGCUUUGAGUGGCAGUGGACCGGCUUAUAUCUACAUGCUAAUAGAGUCACUGGCUGAUGGUGGAGUCAGAUGUGGACUACCGAGGGACUUGGCACUUCGCCUGGCAACACAGACAACAUUGGGAUCAGCGGCCAUGUUGCAAAAUGGCGGACAUCCGGCAGCUAUGAAGGAUAACGUGACGUCUCCCGCAGGAUCCACAGCGGAAGGGACUUACCACUUGGAAAAGAAUGGAUUCCGAUCGGCUAUUAUUGGUGCAGUGAUGGCAGCGGCUGAUAGAUGUAAAGUCGUCAACCAACAGCUUAAUAAGUAAA